AUGACACUAGAUCCUUACCACCAAGCCACGUCCCAGGUCUCUAAUCGUCCUUUCGGUUCACGAAAUGCGGCUCAGCCCGCGCCUCUGUUCUUCAGCGCCACAGAUGAUUUCCGUGACGAGGAUGAUGAAGCAGAGCGGGAGCGCGAGAUUGCGGACUUCUACGCCUUGCAAAGGUCAAGGCGGCAUUUUGGCAGCAGCCAACUCAAAGAUUCUUCGGAAAUUGGAGGGGAUGGCGACAGUUCGAUCAGCCUUGAGCAGCAGCCUCUCCAGGAUGACAAAUAUGUCAAGCGCGGGAGGAUCAGAAGCUCUUGGCUUGCCAGCAGUAAGUCUAUGGACAGGGAAAGCGGUCGUGCAUUUGAGUCAAUUGCGAUGACAGCCGAUGACCAUGGAGGUCCCAACGAAGUCCGACAAAGUCGUAGUCUCAAAGGAAAUCUGGUCGAUAUUCGUCUUGAAGAUACAUUGAGGUCAGACGAGAAUGUUGACAAGGCUGGGUCACUUGAGGGUCUUGAUGAUAGUCCUCCAUCCGUCCAGUUGUUCCGGGAACAAGCAAGCUCAGAGCCAAGGAUUCUUGGUAUUGAGACGUUCCUCGGGCCGAGCGAGGUAGAUAAGCAACAACUUCUCGAUGACCGUGAACAAUCAAGCAUAGCGGACGGUGGUCUUGAGCCUUAUUCACUAGGGGAGACGCAAUCUGGCGCCCAUGAUACUUUCUGGGGGAAGCUCUUUUUGAUAUCUCUGGGCUGCCUACUUGCUACCUCAUUUCUCAUUUAUUUGCACACAUCUGCGCCUUCGGGUGACAAAUCGAGAUGGGGCGACACGAUAUAUCUCACUGUCCAUGGAUCCUUCUAUCUCCUCGGCAUCUAUACGGUGGUCUCGAUAUUUAUAUCACUUCUUUGGCUGGCGUCACUGCGGUACUACGUGCGCCCUUUGGUCUAUGCAAUGAUCUUUGCAGUCCCUGUUAUACUAUACUCUUUCUCGCUUUACCCCUUCAUCUCGAGCUUCAAAGGAAUCUGGCAUGGGACUAGUAUUCAGGACAAAGCCAUGAGGGUCGUCUCUCUCCUGCCGUUCAUUAUUUCAAGCUUUUGGAUAUAUAAUGUUGUCCGCAGCCGCCACGCAAUUGGCAAAGCCAUCGACAUCCUUGAGUUCGCCUGCCGAAUUCUCGCUGCAAACCUGGAAUUAUUACUCCUUGGCCUUGGCAUCCUGAUUUGUAUUGUCUCCUGGACGUGGGUCUGGAUGCUGAUGUUCGCUCGAGUUUUUCUAGGUGGGCACAUGUCAGAAUCGCACGCUUUUGCCCUCAACAUCAGCAGCUGGUGGCUGGGAACAUAUUUUGCCUUCGUUUACAUCUGGUCAUUGGGAGUCAUCGCCGGUAUCCAACGUUCAGUUACAGCUGCAACAGUGAGUCAGUGGUACUUUCACCGUCUUGCGAGCCCGAAACCCACAUCCAGGCAGAUAGUACAGGCGGCUUUUGUCCAUUCUGUCACCACGUUGUUUGGCACAGUCUGUUUCUCUAAGCUGAUAGCAUUAUCUACUCGGCUGCCACUUCUGUUGCUGCCGACUCGCCUAUCUCGGCUUCUGAAUCUUUUCGUGUACUCACUCGUUCCUUCUCCCCUCGCGGCGCUCACAGACCCUCUUACUCUCACUUACGCCGCUAUUCAUUCUCAACCCCUCAUACUAUCUGCUCGUGGCCUCCUUGAAAUGCCGAGUGUCUCACUUGCGACGGCAGUGCCGCCACUCCAUCCGAGGUCGACUUCUUUGUCCCAUGCGGGUUCUGCACCGCUCCUCUCCUACCGGCUUUCGAAGCUCUUUCUCCACGCCGCUCGCUUCAUGAUGUCUUUGGCACUUGGUUUUGGAGGAUGGGUAAGCGCUGCUCGGAACCUCGAGGUCCCCGGCCCGAGUAAUGGAGUUCAUGGCAGUAUGUAUGCCUAUGUGGUCGGACUCAUUGCGGGAAUCAUUGGCUGGAGUAUCCUAGGAGCGGCUGAAGGCGUCAUCGCAGAUAUUGUCGAUGCCUCGUUCAUCUGCUGGAGUAGUGAAGUUGGUACUCGUGGUGGAGAAGCCCGGUAUUGCCGCGAAGCUGGCUGGCUUUUCGGUGAACGUUUGGCGAAUGACCUUCGCCAUGCAUCCCAUGCACAUCAUCAGGCUGAGCCGUAA